AGAGAGUUAUUGCAGAUAAUCCAUUUUUGUGGUUGGUGCUUAUGGAUGAAGCAAUAAACAGUGAAAAAUCCACCAAAAACAAAGAGGGUGUUAAUGAGACUCCCAAUGUGAUUGGUGAAUUUUAAACUAAAGAAUGUGAGAAUGAAAAAAGAAAAACAUUUUUUGAAGACAUUUCCAUGCCAUAUACAUAUAGGCCUCUCAAGAAGAUUUGUAGCCCUCAAAACCAAAACACAAAUCAACCUCCUUCAUCUAAAAUAAUAUUUCCUUUUGCUUUUGAAGGUUCUUCUCAACAUCCAAUUUCAUUCCAACACCAAUCAACAACAACCACAACCACAAAUUUGCUUCCUUUUUCUCCACCUCUUCACCCAACAACACAACAUAUCAUACCUUUUGACCAUAAACAGAACACAUUUUCAGACCCAAAUAAGCUUUUGAGGUCCAAAACACAGCCUUCGAAUGCUACAAAACUCUAUAGAGGAGUAAGACAACGCCAUUGGGGAAAAUGGGUCGCUGAGAUUCGUCUCCCUCGAAAAAGGACUCGUCUUUGGCUCGGAACAUUUGAUACAGCUGAAGACGCUGGUAUGGCAUACGACCGCGAAGCUUUUAAGUUUAGAGGAGAAAAUCCUAAGCUCAAUUUCCCUGAACUCUUCCUUAACAAAGAUAAACCAACAUCAUCAUCAUCAUCCACAAUAGUUCAAAUUUCAAGUGCUUCUUUACCACAUGAAGGAUCAAGUUCAAUAUCAUGCCAGAACACAAACCAACCUAAAUUGGUUUCAGAAGAACAUAGCAUGCAGAUUCUAAAUGUUUCUGAAACUGGUGAAAGCAUAUCAAAGCCUAAGGAAUUGGUUUUGGAAGAAAUGGAAGAUUGGUUCAAUGCAUUAUUAUACAGCUUUUACAACGCUUAUACGAAAAAGCGUUGUAAAAUGUGCACUCAAUAUAUGCAUUAUUAUGCACCUUGUUUGUCGGCUUUAUUUUGCUGUGCGGGUGGUUUAUUUGAUUGA